UAAAUUCACGUGUGCUAUGUGACCAAUUGUCUCGAAGGAUGAAGUUGGCGGAAAUAAAGGAACGCUAAAAUGCCCUGAAUUAUUUUUCCUUUUGCUAUGGCGGCCGAUGUCCUGCAACGUAUCCAUCCCGACAUUGCCAAAUUUGCUGAAGCCGUACUUAACAGUGAAGGAAUUGGGGUUUGUGGUGAGCUGCUAAAGAUUGUGGAGCCCAAGUCAAGUUUGUCCUUCAUUAACCCUCGUAUUAAGAAAGGAUCCUGCGAUCGAUUCAAGGUUUUGGUUCCAUAUGCUGGUAGAACUCUGAAAUGGGAGGUACUAUUUAACCAGACCCAACCAGAUUUUCCACCAGAUUUUAUAUUUGGACCACAGGAUCAGGAAUUUGUUCCAAAUAUUGAAAAAAUUGAGUCUCUUGAGAACUGGGACAGCAAUAAUCCAGAAAGCUUAGUAAAUCUGAUCAAAGAACUGAUCAGGGAAUACAAAGAAUAUCAAAGAGAGCAAGUGGAGAAAAUCCCCAGAAUCCACUUUGAGUACACGACACUUGCAGCUGACAGCAGUUAUCCUGAAUUUGAAGUACAUGUUAUUAAAGGGCAACUGAAUACAGACUCUAUUGUCAAUUUUAUGAUCAAGCUGCCAGUUGAUCUCACUGGAAUCCCACCAUUUAUUAUAAGGGACUGUCCAGGAGAAGACAUGGCAUGCCUGUUUGUCUCUUACACAUCUCUUAAUGGAGAGCAUGUUACACCCACGCUUUUGUUGUCACCCCGUGUAGAAAGAGCGUUUGGUGGGGCCAGCAAUCUUCGUAUUCCUCAUUGGUUGGGUGUAAAUGGCUGCUUGCUGGAAUACCUUCCUCUUAUCCAGGAACUCUUUGCACAAAAGGUGGAGCAAGUUUGUCAGGCAUUCCACAAAAGAAGGGAAUAUGUUGCAGCCUUCCUCAGUGCAUUUGGAAGCUCAGUACUUGAGUAUGAUGCUGAGGGAUUCAUGAAGCUCUCCUUACUGUUCAAAGUACAAGGAUUUUUCUGUAUUGUUCAUAUUGAAUUAGACAAAAACUUUCCCCAAGAGGCGCCGUUAUUUUACCUUCAGUCGAUUUACCACGAGAAAAACAACCAGCCUUACGAAAAACUGGAAGCGGGAUACCCCUAUAGUCCGCGGUGGUCUGGGGACGAGAUGGCGGAAAGAGCCAGAACUUUCCUGUUGGAAAAGAUACCAGCUUUUAAGGACGCUUCAUUAAGUAACGCAAAAUUUUAACCGAACAAUUUUAACCAAUACAAUUAACCAAUACAAUUCAAGGCAUUUUUGUGGAGCGAUCGUACUAGGAUUCAGGCCGCUAUGAAAAGAUGACCAAAAUGUCGCUCAGUCAGGAUCUAUUGAGAAACUCUUCUGAGUCACUGAACGAACUCAGGAAGAGGCUCAAUUCAAAAGCAUUAGAAAUUAGUCGUAGAUUAGAUCACUCUCAACGGGCUUGAUGGUUUUUGGAGCGGAAUAAAAGAAGCGUUCGAGGAGGCCCUCAAUAGGGACCUUAAGCAGUCAGGACGGCAACGCCAAGGAAGACUUCGAUUAAAAAAUUAAUUUCUACUCUUAGUU